UUGGCCCACUUUCGUGUGUUGAUUGGAACAUAUAGAACUCUUCAAACUUCAAAACUCAACCUCUCUCCUCCGUCAAAUCUCUCGAACAAAUCGGGUCGACAAAGAACAGAGAGAGACAAGACAAAAGCCCAAAAGGAGAAGAAUCAAUGGCUUCUUCUGCUUCUUCUUCGUCUGAGCUGAUCCAAAGAAACCACCACAUAACCCAAACACCAGCAUCAGCCUCUUCUCACUCCUCCCCCUUCACCAGCUCUGAUCAGCCCAGCAAGACCUCCGGCCCCGCCGCCUCGAUGCUGCUCCAGCGGGCGCUCUUCCUCCUCGUCGGGGUCGCCAUCGCCGCCCUCUUCUUCCAUGCCGUCCCUGCCUCGUCCCCCAAACCUGACCUUUCCAGCCCCGUCCGGAGGGCCACCUAUGAGGUGGCAUCCGAGGCGGUGGAAUCCGGGACUGUGAGUGCUAUCCUCGGCGCCGACCAACGUGUGAAUUUCGGCGGCAAGGUACCUCUGGGGCUCAAGAGGAAGGGACUGAGGAUAGUCGUCACAGGUGGGGCCGGGUUCGUCGGGAGCCAUCUCGUGGACCGUCUGAUAUCGAGGGGGGACAGCGUGAUCGUGGUGGACAAUUUCUUCACGGGCCGGAAGGAGAACCUAGUCCACCACUUCGGGAACCCUAGGUUUGAGCUAAUCCGACACGACGUGGUUGAGCCCAUCCUCCUUGAGGUCGACCAGAUCUACCACCUCGCCUGCCCUGCCUCCCCGGUUCACUACAAGUUCAACCCUGUCAAGACCAUCAAGACAAAUGUGGUGGGGACGCUGAACAUGCUUGGGCUGGCGAAGAGGGUAGGGGCGAGGUUCCUGCUGACCAGCACCAGCGAAGUGUACGGCGACCCCCUUCAGCACCCUCAGGUCGAGACCUACUGGGGCAACGUGAACCCGAUCGGCGUUAGGAGCUGUUACGACGAGGGAAAGCGCACGGCCGAGACUUUGACCAUGGACUAUCAUCGUGGACUUGGCAUCGAGGUGAGAAUUGCCCGAAUUUUCAACACUUACGGACCACGCAUGUGCCUCGACGAUGGUCGUGUUGUCAGCAAUUUUGUGGCACAGGCUUUAAGGAAGGAGCCGUUGACUGUCUACGGGGACGGAAAGCAAACGAGGAGUUUCCAAUACGUUUCUGAUUUGGUCGAGGGGCUGAUGCGGCUCAUGGAGGGAGAACAUGUUGGCCCUUUCAAUCUCGGGAACCCUGGCGAAUUCACCAUGCUCGAACUCGCUCAGGUGGUGCAAGAGGUGAUCGACCCGAAUGCUAAGAUAGAGUUCAGGCCCAACACAGCGGAUGACCCACACAAGAGGAAGCCAGACAUCUUGAAGGCUAAGGAGCUUCUCGGGUGGGAGCCGACGAUCUCUCUCCGGCAGGGCCUCCCUCUCAUGGUGUCUGAUUUCCGGCAGCGGAUCUUUGGUGAGCAGAAGGAUGCCAGCUCCAACAGUGCAACUUCUCAGUGAUUAGGUCCGUCCGCUACACCGUCCGCACCGAUUAUAUUUAAUUAUCGGAGAGAAAAAUGGGUGGCACAAAUCGGAAAGCUGAGUUUUACAGAUUUUUAAUCAACGUUACGUGAAUCACAGAGAAAUAAAAGUUGGCAGGCAUCCUGUUUCUGUUGUUCUGCCAAAUGAGUAGGAAGAGUAUAGUGACAUUUUGGAUAUGUACAUUGUAAAAACAAUUUAAUUGCUACCAAUUACCAUCUUCAUGAAGUGAUACGCAUUCCUCAUCUUUGA